GAGGCGACCGCCGAGGACCAGGGCUCCACGGACGAGGCGGGCGCCGUGUCGCUGGCGAGAGGGCAGAUAGAGGCCAUGCCCGCCAGGCUCAUUGCGAGGAGGGAGUCGCAGGCCACGGGCGAGGCGGCCGCCGCGGGGCUCGCCGGGUCCCAGGGCGAGGCGGAGAGUCGAGCGCAGGCGCAGGCUGUAGCGGAGGCCACGGCGUCGGUGGAGGCCAAGGCGAGGGAGGAGUUGGAUGCCAGGGCGCGGCAGUACAGGUUGAAGCUGUCGAAGGCGCUUGCAGAUGCUGGGAGGGAGGCCGACGCAAGGGUCAAGCAGGAGGUCGUUGCCACCGCGAAAGAGUCCCAGAGAGAGGCCGAAAGGGUGGCCGAGGUGGAGGCCAGGGCUGAUGCGAAAGCUGCGGCGGAGGCCGCCGAGGCGCAGGCGAAGGCUGUAGCGACGGCCAGGGAGGAAGCAGAGGCCACAGCUCGGGCGUAUUCCAGCGCCAAGGAGCGGGAGUACAGGAGGAAGAUGGCGAAGGCGCUGGCAGAUGCUGCCCAGGAGGCCGACGCCAGGGUGCAGGCGGAAGUCGAGGCCAAGGCGAGAGAGGUGGCCGAGAGGGAGGAAAGGGUGCAUUCAGAAGCCGAGGCGGAGCUGGCCGAGGCGCAGGCGAGGGCUGCGUUAAAGGCUAGGGAGGAAGCGGAGGCCAAGGCUGAGGCGGAAGUGGACGCCAAGGAGCGCGAGUACAAGAGGAAGAUGACUAAGGCGAUGGCCGAUGCCGCGGAGGAAGCCGAAGCCAGGGUGCAGGCGGAAGCCAUUGCCAAGGCGGAGGCGGAAGCUGAGGCUGCCGAGGCGGAGGCAAAGGCGAAUGCUGCGGCAAAAGCCACGGAGGAAGCCGAGGCCAAGGCUCGGGCGGACAAAUAUGCCAAGGAACAGGAGUAUAAGAGGAAGCUGGCGAAGGCGCUGGCAGAUGCUGGGCAAGAAUCCGACGCCAGGGUGCAGGCGGAAGUCGAGGCAAAGGUAAAGGAGGUGGCCGAGAGGGAGGCCAUGGUGCAUGCGGAAGCUGAGGCAAAGGAGGCCGAGGCGCAAGCGAGGGCUGUAACAAAGGCGAAGGAGGAAGCGGAGGCGAAGGCUCAAGCGGAAGCGAAGUCCAAGGAACAGGAAUAUACUAGGAAGCUGUCGAAGGCACUGGCAGAUGCCGCUCAGGAAGCCGACGCCAGGGUGCAGGCGGAAGCCGAGGCCAAAGCGAAAGAGGUGGCCGAGAGGGAGGCCAUGGUGCAUGCGGAAGCUGAGGCGAAGGAGGCCGAGGCGCAGGCGAGGGCUGUAGCAAAGGCGAAGGAGGAAGCGGAGGCGAAGGCUCAGGCGGAAGCGAAGUCCAAGGAACAGGAAUAUACUAGGAAGCUGUCGAAGGCACUGGCAGAUGCCGCGGAGGAAGCCGACGCCAGGGUGAAGUCGGAAGCUGAGGCCAAGGCGAAGGCAGAAGCGGAAGCGGAGCAGGCCGAGGCGGAGGCGAAGGCUUUACAUUUGGCGAAGGUGGAGGCCGAGGCCAAGGCUCAAGCGGACAAAGAUGCCAAGGAACAGGAGUACAAGAGGAAGCUGGCGAAGGCGCUGGCAGAUGCUGGAUUGGAGGCCGACGCCAGAGUGAAAGAGGAGAUCGAGGCUAAGGUGAAGGAGGAGGCCGAGAGGGACGCCCAGGUGCAUGCGGAAGCGCUGGCGGAGGCGGCGGAGGCCGAGGCGAAGGCUGUGGCAAAGGCGAAGGAGGAAGCGGAGGCCAGGGCUCUGGCGGACGCGCACGCCCUGGAGCAGGAGUACAGCACGAAGCUGGCAGAGGUAGCAGCCAAGUUGCAGUCGGAGGCAGCAGAAGCUAAGGCGGAGGCUGAGUCCAGCGCGCAGGCGCUAGCGGCUGCUGAGGCCAAGGUUGUGGCUGAGGCAGAGAGGGCGGAUGCUCUUGCGAAGGCCAAGGAGGAAACGGAGGCCAACGCAAGGGCGGAAGCAGAUGCCAAGGCAAAGGAGUACAAGAGGAAAAUGGCGAAGGCUCUGGCAGAUGCUGCGGAGGAAACCGAAGCCAGGGUGAAGGCGGAAGUCGAUGCCAAGGCCUUGGCAUAUGCUGAGGGGGAGGCCAAGACGCAGGAACAGGUUGUGAAAGCUAGGGAGGAAGCGGAGGCCAAGGCAAAGGUGGAUGCCGAUGCCAAGGCAAAGGAAUACCAGAGGAAGCUGGCGAGGGCGCUUGUGAAUGCCGGGGAGGAAGCCGACGCCAGGGUGAAUGCAGAAGCCGCCGCCAAGGCAGAGGCGAAAGCGGAGGCGGAGAAGGCCGCGGCGGAGGCGGCCGCUCUCGCAAAGGCUAAGGAAGAAGCUGAGGCCAAGGCUAAGGAGGAAGCAGAUGCCAGGGCAAAGGAGUACGACGAGAGGUUGGCGAAAGAGGUGGCAGAUGCCAGACUGGACGUGGAGGCCGCCAAAGCAGAAGCUAAGGCCGAGGCGGAGGCGAAGGCUGUAGCGGAGGCUGCCAGGGAGGCAGCCGAGGCCCAGGUGGAUGCGCUGACCGCCAAGGCGGAAGCGGAGGCCAAGGCGCUGGACGAGGCCGAGGCGGCAGCCAAGGCUGCAGCACAGGAAAAAGAGGCAGCACUGGCCAAGGCGAAGGCGGACGCAGAUGCCAAGGAAAGGGAGUUUAAGAGGAAGCUGGCGAAGGCGCUUGCAGAUGCCGCGGAGGAAACCGACUCCAUUCUGAAGGCGGAAGCCGAGACGAAGGCACUGGAGGAGGCCCAAGCGGAGGCGAAGGCUGCGGCCGCGGCCAGGGAGGAUGCAGAGGCCAAGGCGAAGGCGGCGGCAGAUGCCAGGGAAGAGGAGUACAAGAGCAAGUUGGCGAAGGCGAUGGCAGAUGCCGCGGAGGAAGCCGAUGCCAGGGUGAAGGCGGAACUCGAGGCCAAGGUGGAUGAGGAGCGCCAGGCGGAGGCGACGGCUGUAGCGCAGGCUAAGGCUGAAGUGGAGGUCAAGGCGAAAGCGGAAGCAGAUGCAAAGGCGAAGGAAUUCGACGCGCAGCUGUUGAAGGUGGCGACCACGCUGAAGUCGGAGGCGGAUGCCAAGGCGGAGGCGGUGGCAGCCAAGCUGGAGGCGAAGGUGGCGGAGGCCGAGGCAGAGGCCGAGGCCAGGGCGAGGGCGCUGGCGGCUGCGGAGGCCAACGCGCGCACAGAGGCCGAAGCUGUGGCGGAGGCCACAGCAGCGGCGGAGGCCAGGGCGAUGGCGGAUAAGGUCGCCAUGGCGAAGGCGGUGGCCGAGGCGGAGGCAACUGCCGUAGCACAGGCUAGGGCGGAAGCAGAGGCCAAGGCGAAGGUGGACGCAGAUGCCAAGGAGACGGAGUACAGGAGGAAGUUGGCGAAGGCGCUUGCAGAUGCCGCGGAAGAGACUGAUUCUAUGCUGAAGGCUGAACUCGAGGCGAAGGCGCUGGAGGAGGCCGAGGCGGCGGCGAAAGCGGCAGCCACGGCCAAGGAGGAGGCGGAGGCCAAGGCGAAAAUGGAGGCAGACGCCAAGGAAGAGGAGUACAAGAGAAAGUUGUCGAAGGCGCUGGCAGAUGCCGCGGAAGAGGCCGAUGCACGGGUGAAGGCGGAAGUUGAAGCCAUGACGAUGGAGAAGGCCGAGGAGGAGGCACGGGCUGUAGCAGCAGCUAAGGAGGAAGUGGAGGCCAAGGCGAAGGCAGAAAUGGAUGCCGAGGCAAAGGCGGAUGCCGAAGCGGAGGCGAAAGCUGUGGCUCAGGCCAAGGCAGACGCGGAGGCUAAAGCGAAGGCGGAGGCAGACGCCAAGGAAGAGGAAUACCAAAGGAAGCUAGCGAAGGAGCUGGCAGAUGCUAGGGCGGAGGCAGAGGCCAGGGUGAAGGCGCAAGCCGAGGCCCUGGCGAAGGAGGAGGCCGAGGCGGAAGCGAAGGCUGCAGCGGAGGCCAAGGAGGAAGCGGAGGCCAAGGCUAAGGCGGAAGCUGAUGCCAAGGAGAAGGAGUACCAGAGGAAGCUGGCGAAAGCGCUGUCAGAUGCUGGAGAGGAGGCCGACGCCAAGUUGAAGGCCGAGGCUCAGGUUCAAAAGGAGCACGACGAGCAGCUUGCGAAGGAGCUGGCAGAUGCUAAGGCGGAGGCAGAAGCGGCCAACGCGAAGGCGGUAGCGGAGGCCAAGGCGAUGGAGGAAGGUGAUGCCAAGGCGAAGGCGGAGUACGAGGAGAGGUUGGCAAAGGCUCUAGCUGAUGCCAGGAUGGAGGCGGACGCCAGGGUGAAGGCGGAAGCUGAUGCCAAGGAGAAGGAGUACCAGAGGAAGUUGGAGAAGGCACUUGCAGAUGCCGCGGAGGAAGCCCAGGCCAGGGAGAAGGCGGAAGCCGAGGCCAUGGCGAAGGAGGAGGCCGAGGUGGCGGCGAAGGCUGCAGCGAAGGCCAAGGAGGAAGCGGAGGCCAAGGCGCUGUCGGAAAUGGACGCCAAGGAAAAAGAGUUUGGCUUGCAGCUGGCGAAGGUAACGGACACGCUGAAGGCGGAGGCAGAAGCAAUCACGGUGGAGGCUGAGGCAAGGGCUAAGGCCAGCGAGGCAGCGCAGGCCAAUGCGCUGACGGAGGCCCUGGCCGUGGCGGAGGCAGAGAAGGCGCAGGCUGCAGCAGAGGCGGCGGCAGCGGCGGAGGCCAGGGCGAAAACGGAAGCGGACGCAAGGGCCAAGGAGUACGAGGAGAGGUUGGCAAAGGCCCUCGCAGAUGCUAGGGCGGAGGCAGAGGCCAGGGUGAAGGCGGAAGCCGAGGCCCUGGCGAAGGAGGAGGCCGAGGCGGAAGCGAAGGCUGCAGCAACGGCCAAGGAGGAAGCUGAGGCCAAGGCUAAGGCGGAGGCUGAUGCCAAGGAGAAGGAGUACCAGAGGAAGCUGGCGAAAGCGCUGGCAGAUGCCGGAGAGGAGGCCGACGCCAAGUUGCAGGCCCAGGCUCGGGUUCAGAAGGAGCACGACGAGCAGCUUGCGAAGGAGCUGGCAGAUGCUAAGGCGGAGGCAGAAGCGGCCAACGCGAAGGCGGUUGCGGAGGCCAAGGCGAUGGAGGAAGGUGAUGCCAAGGCGAAGGCGGAGUACGAGGAGAGGUUGGCAAAGGCUCUAGCUGAUGCCAGGAUGGAGGCGGACGCCAGGGUGAAGGCGGAAGCCGAGGCCAAUGCGAAGGAAAGGGCCGAGGUGGAGGCGAAGGCUGCAGCAGCGGCCAAGGAGGAAGCGGAGGUCAUGGCUAAGGUGAAAGCUGAUGCCAAGGAAAAGGAGUACAGGAUGAAGCUGGCGAAGGCGCUGGCAGAUGCCGGGGAGGAGACUGACGACAUUGUCAAGACUAUGCAGGAGGCGAAUGCCAAGGCGAAGGCGGAGGCGGAUGCCAAGGUAGAGGAGUCCGACGCGAAGCUGAGCAAGGCGCUGGCAGACGCCAGCGCUGAAGCUGAGGCCCGAAGGAAGGCGGAGGCCGAGGCCGACCAGGCCGAGGCGCUCGCGAAGGCGACGGCGGAGGCGCGGGCCCGGGCAGAGGAAGCGCAGGCCACUGCGAAGGCAGAGCUGGAGGCCAAUGCUCAGGCACAGAAGAAUCACGAGGAACAGCUUGCGAAGGAGCUGGCAGUUGCCAGGGCGGAAGCAGAGGAGGCCAAGGCGAAGGCAGAAGCCGAGGCCAAGGACAUGGCAGAGUUCGAGGCCACGUUGAAGAAGGAGUACGAAGAGAGGCUGUCGAAGACGGUGGCAGAUGCCAAGGCGGACGCCGACGCCAAGGCGAGUGCGUACGCCCAGGCGAGGGCGGUAGUGCAGGCGAAGGAGGAGGCGAUAGCUGUAGCAAAGGCCAGGGCGGAAGCGGAGGCCGCCGCGAAGGCAGACACGGAGCUCAGGGCGAGCGCUGCGCUGGAGGCCAGUGCUCGGGCACAGAGGGAGCACGAGGAGCAGCUGGCGAGGGAGCUGGCCGCCGCCAGGGCGGAGGCAGAGGAGGCCCGCGCGAGGGCGGCAGCAGAGGCCCGGGCGAGGGCGGAGGGGGCUGCCGGGUCACGGCGGGAGUACGAAGAGAGGCUGGCGCAGGCGCUGGCGGAUGCCAGGGAGGAGGCCGCCGCCAGGGCGAGGGCGGAGUACGCGAACAAGGCCGAGCAGCUGGUCGAGGCGGAGGCGAAGGCUGUAGCGAAGGCAAGGGCGGAGGCGGAGGCCAGGGCGAGGGCAGAAGCGGACGCCAGGGAGCAGGAGUACGCGUCGAAGCUGGCCAAGGCGCUGGCAGGUGCCGAGGAGGAGGCGGAUGCCAUGCUGAAGGCCACGUGGGAGGCGAACGCCAAGGUGAAGGCGGAAGCGGAUACCCAGGCAAAGGAGUACGAAGCGAAGCUGGCGAAGGCGCUGGCAGACGCCAGGGUGGAAGCCGAGGCCAGGAGGAAGGCAGAAGCCGAUGCCGACCGCGCCGAGAUGCUCGAGAGGGCGAUGGCGGAGGCAAAGGCCAGGGCGGAGGAGGCACUUUCUGGAGGCAGUCAGGCACAGAAGGAGCACGACGAGAAGCUUCUCAAGGAGCUGGCUGCUGCCAGGGCGGAGGCACAGGAGGCCAAGGCGAGGGCCGAGGCCGAGGCGAAGGCGAAGGCGGAAGCCAGCGAGGAGGACGACGCCAUGCUGGAGGACGAGGCUCGGGCACAGAAGGAGCACGAAGGGCAGCUCGCGACGGAGCUGGCCGCUGCCAGGGCAGAGGCAGAUGAGGCCAAGGCGAAGGCAGAAGCCGAGGCCAAGGACAUGGCAGAGUUUGAAGCCAUGGCGAAGAAGGAGUACGAAAAUAUGCUGGCCAAGGUGAAGGCAGAAGCCGCGGCAAAGAUUGAGGAGGCGGCCGCGGCAGAGGCGGAGGCCGUGGCACAGGCCACGUCGCGUGCGGAGGCCACGGCUAAGGCUGUGGUGGAGGCCAGGGCUCAGACCAUGGCUGAGGCACAGAAGAGUUACGAGGAGAAGCUUGCGAAGGCGCUGGCAGAUGCCAGACUGGAGGCGGAGAAGGCGAGGACGGAGGAGGAAGCGGAGGCCAAGGCGAAGGCAGAAGCUGAUGCCACGGCAAAGAAGGAGUUCGACGAAAAUCAGAGGCUGGCGGGGGCGCUGGCAGAACUCAGGAAGGAAUCCGAUGCUAGGCGAAAGGCGGAAACCGAUGCCCAGUUGCAGAAGGAUGCCGAGGAAGAGGCAAAGGCUGUAGCAAAGGCCACGUCGGAAGCGGAGGCCAAGGAUGCCAGGGCGAAGGAGGAAGCAGAGGCGAUGGCGAAGACUGAAUCUUAUGCUGAGGCGCAUCAGUAUUUCAACGAGAAUCAAAAGCUCACAGGAAAAAGGAGUCCGACAGGAGAGCUGGAGAAGGUGUUGGCAACUGCCAGGCCCAAAGCCAGAGAGGGCACAGAUGCCACUGAAAAGGGUUCCAAGAAAAAGGUGGCCAAAAUGCUGGCAGGUGCCCGGAGGAAGCGGAAGGCCAAGGCAAAGUGGGAAGCGGAGGCCAAGACGAAAGCGGAAGUGGAGGCUGAGGCAGCGGUGGAGGCCAAGGUGGCGCAGGCGGCCACGCAGAAGGCUGACGAGAUCGCCAAGGUCGUGGCCCAGGCCCAGGGAGUUGGGCCCAAGGGGAAGAGGCCAGCAAAGGCCGAGGCGGAGCUGAUGGCGGCCGUUGCGAAGGCGGCGGCGGGCGGCGCGGCGGAGGCCGACGCCGCGGCGGCCCAGGCGAGGGCCAAGGCCGAGACCGAGGUCCAGGAGACGAAGGCGUACGGGGACCCGCACAUGCAGAACGUGUACGGGGAGCGCUUCGACCUGAUGCAGCCGGGCUCCCACAUGCUGGUGCAGAUCCCCAGGUUUGCCGAGCGGGCAGAGGAGCUUUUCCGUGUGCAGGCCCGGGUGAAGCGCGAGGGCCGGAAGUGCGCGGACAUGUACAUCCAGACGCUCAACGUCACCGGCAGCUGGGCGGAGAUGAGGCAUCAGGGCGGCCUACACUACAGCGCGGGGGACACGGUCGACCGCGCAAAGCCGACCAGCUGGAUGAGCUUCGGGAACGCCUUCGGCCACCUGGACUUGAAGGUCG